AUGGCUUAUCUCCAUUCCCUUACCAUCCUUUUCCUAGCCUGUAUCUUAAUUGUCUGCACUGCUAAUAGAGCAUUGAUUGACAGCAUCUUUAGAGACUCCCAAGACUCUAAUUUCUGCAUUUCUAUCUUCGAAAACUAUCCUCGCUCAGAGAAAGCCGAUUUGCAUGGUCUUGCACUCAUCGCUACUUCGAACACGAUUAUUCAAAUCCAAGACACGGUGAGUCAAAUCCCCGCCAUGCUUUCACAAACUAAAGAUCCGCUUGGGAAGAACCGACUGAUGGUUUGUCAAUCCGAUUACAAUAAAUCGCAUGGAAAGUUUCAGAGUACGUUCAGUUCUACGUCCAGGAAUGCAUAUUGGGACGCUAUAAACAAUGUUAGGAAUGGAACUAAUGCUGUGAUCGAUUGUCACCACCACCCAUUGAUCAAUCGUCACCUUACCGGUACCCAAAAUUCCUAA